CGCAAUCAAUCAAAUAUGACGCUCUCGUUUGAAAGUGGUUUACACAUACCUACCUAAAUGGAGUCAUGUCUGUCAGCUCAAAUGCAUGUAGGUCUGUCUAUCCCUCCUCUGCCGUCCCCCAAACACGAUGCAAUGACAGACAUCCCUUAGCGACAGCAAAGGAGCCAGGCCUUACAAUACAUAUGUACAUACGAUAACAGGUACAACACCACACGCAACACAUACGGCGCAUAUUGCCAUGAUUGUCAGCAAGAUUGCCGACACCCACCCACAGGUGGACCGACCUACCUACCUAGUACACACACUCAUCCCUUGAGCCACUUAUGUUGGCUCAGUCAUACCACGCCGCCACACACACACACACACACAGACAGAGAGAGAGAGAGAUUCUCAAGAUUACAACACCAUAAAAGACGGAACCACCAGAACACAGAGAAGUGUACCCUUACACAUCCCACAUCCCACACCACGCCAAAUCCACAGACACUUGGACACACAUCCACCACGCUCAUCUGUCACACUAUCCUCUGCACAUGGCUUAUCCAAACAUACGUGCGUACAUUACGCUAACAAUUAGGCCGCGCCUUCUGCCAAAGCCACUCACUGGAUGGACUGUUGUUCAGCGACAGAUCAGGAAGACGCCGUGGUGUCAGAUCCGCCAUUAGUCGCGGUCUCCUGGUCGGCCGUGAUCGGCUGCACCCGUACCAGCUGCCGGUCGGUGUUUCUCUUAUAAGUGAUAUUCGCUGCGCUAGGCGGUGGGGGGCCGAAAGGUGUCGUCACAGUGACGGCGGUUGGCGGCUUGGUCUUGGGGGCGAGGGAGGCCACAGCCUCCUGGAAGCUCAUAGUGAUGGUGCUGCUCACGCCGGUAUUGGCCGCGUAGCUGCCAUGAAUCACACAAACAGGAUGCCAAUUUGCAAGUACAUACACCGUGCAGUGCAUCCCUUAUGUGUGUGUGCGUGUGUACCUGCCGCUGAUGGACUGCCAGCUUUCCUGGUCGAAGCGGCCAAUGACGUCCACGUGAAGGUUGCCAUUGAUGGCCUUCUCGCCCCACGACACCUGGCCGGUGGUCGCGUUGUAGAAGCCCUCCGCCUUGAAGGCUCCGUCUGCGUCGCUUCCCUCUCCGUUGAAGCUGCCGUCGUACUCGAAUGUGAGCAUAUAGGUGGUGAUGAAACUCCGGCCGUUCUCCCAAUAUUGGCCCACCCACCUGCCCGACGGAGGGGGCGUGGCGGUCGGUGUGGGCUUGAUACGUUCCUUCCGGCUGUGGGCGAGAGCAUGUCCGAGUCUGGGCGAGUCGGUAUUGGCCGUGGAGCAGGGGCGACCCACUUCCCAUAUACCCCAGGCGAGGCAAGACAGGAUGCAGACGAAGGGCACACCAAGGCCGACGACAAUGCCAAUCCAAGGGUAUUCACUUCCACCACCAGUAGAUUCGUAGGCGGGCAUUCCUCCACCACCACCUCCACCACCACCACCACCGCCGCCACCUCCGCCGCCUCCCUUCAAUCGGCGGCCCUCCGCAUCGACGAGAGCCACCGCAGCGGCCAGUAGCGCCAGAGGACGGCGGCAAUCAAAUACGCGCAGCAUCGCCAUAUCCUCCCGUCUCAAUCAAAUUCCCGUCAGAGAUGACGGACGCAGAUGAGCUUGUCUUGUUGGAUGUGACACCAACAGACCCGACAGCUGGGGUCAGUGGGGAGACGAGAAGGGAGAGGAGAGGUCUGGGAGGAAAGAGAGAAGCGCGCAAUAAUGCGGUGCAGACGGACGGCAGAUCCCGGCUGCUGCUGCUUCUUAUGUAGUUGCUUGACUUGCCUCUCC